AUGAGAACUGUUGAGUGUUUUCGAAACGUUUACUAUUUAGUAACUAUCAAAGACGAAAGUGAUAAUGACGAUAUGGAAAAUAUCACUCAGCUCAUCAAUGACGCCUGCAAGCAUGAAAAAUGCUUUGCCGGGAUCUAUGUGAACGACACCUGCACCAGGGCUUUCCGCACAGAAGUAUUGAGAAAUGAUAAAAAGGUCAAGAUUUAUUAUACAAGCAAUCUCGAAAAUAUUACGGAAAUCUUUAAAGAAUGCUAUGAAGAAGAGAAAGCAAAAGAUCUCAUGGAAUUCUUGGAGUCUAAAGGAGUAUCUGAUCUCAGUAGUGUCUCAAGAAAAUCUGAUGAAGAAUACAGAGAAUUGGGAUUCGAUAAAGACAAUCAAGACCGCUCUGGGGAAGAGAGAGAGGUCCAGCAAAGGCUCCUUGGUUUCUUAGAAGAGUUUGGUGACAGCGACUUUGUCAAGAAUAAAUACGGGGAGAAUGUAUUUGAAUUUUCUGUGUUUACCAAAAAAGAUGAUUAA